AUGUGCAGAGAGAAAUCUAAAUCACACUAGCAAUUGCCGAUUGAAUUACGAUUGCGAUUGGCGAUUAAAAUAGAGCAUUAUCUAAAUAUCAUCAAUUUCAAUCGAUACCUGUUUUGCCCUGAUUGGUUGAAAAGUAAUCGCCAAUCGUCAACCGCAAUUGUAAUCCAAUCGGCAAUCGCUAAUGUGAUUACGGCUUAUGGUUUAACUAGACUGGCUAAUGGUAAAUUUUACCCGGGUCACAUCUGAAGAAGAAGAAGAAUACGUUUGUGUUAUAACAUAUGAUAUGUCUUUAAUGACUUAAUUAACGUGGUUUAUGUAAAGUAUUGGGAAAUAGAAUGUGGAACAUAACAAGAUUAUUUAAUAAUUUUAUUAAACAUCAGAAAGCGCAGGUUAGUAAACAUUGGGGACCAAGCGCAAUAAUUUUCAAGAUGAAUAGUACAGAUGCAGACGCUAUUGACAUAAACUUAUCUUCAGAGGAAAAAAACAAAAUUCUUGACAUAAUUAAUUAUCAAAAUAUAGAAGAUUUAUUGCAGUAUUCUAUUACUAAACAACGUGCGCAGAGUUUAGAAAUUUAUCGUACGAAUAAUGGACCAUAUAAGUCACUGGAAGAUUUAUUAAAAGUAAAAAGUAUAAGUGAGAAAAGUUUACAUAAAUUUUUGAAAUCAAUUAUAAAUGGUGAUAAGAAAGCUUCCAAAAAAAUUACUUCAGGUUUGGUCAUAACACCAAAAGUUGCUAAUGGCAACCAAAAGGAUGUCAAUACAAUAUUAGGCAUACAUGUGGGACAGGACAUAAUAAGCUGGUCAUUAUUAAAUCGUGAUUGCGAAGUAUUGCAAUGGUGCUAUAAAUCUUUUACACGCAGUGGCACAAAGGAGAAUCUUCAUUCCUUACUUCAAGCGACAUUACCGAUCGCCGCAAAACUUCCGAAAGCCGAUCGAUAUGUAAUGCAGGAGUCUGGCGGUAAUAGGUUUCGGAAAAACGGAAAAAGGCUUUAUCAAGCCUGCAUUGAGCAAUCUGUGAUAAAUGCCAUUAUCCUGACGCACCUCGCAACACUGAAUUCUAAAAGAGACAUUGAUGACUUUGUAACGAACAAUAUUUUUAUACUUCGUCAGAAUAUCUUGCAAAAGGUUUAUGGACUCGUGGUUGGAAACGAAUGUGUAUCUACUCAAUAUAUGAUUCAAAGAUUAUUGGAGGAAAAUGAGAGACUGCUGCAAAACAAGGAAUGCUUACCUUCAGUGCACAUAAAGCCGGAAUUUCAAGAUAUGUACAAGGCGCUAAGUCCCAUCAAUAAAGAGCAAAUCAGUUGGUCAUUAUUGAUAGCAUUGGCUUUCGCAGAAUUAAUUGUGCAUGAGAGAACUGAUAUGAAAAUUCGUAAUUCUUUUUAGAAAUUAGAAUACAAUAAGUGAUCAAGAGGAGGAAAUCGUGACAAAUAAAACGAGCUUCAGUCACUGAGCGAUGGAAGUUUAAUAUUUUUUGUUUCUAAAUUACAAGAAGAACAUUGAUUUAGUAGUUGUAUGCAUUUGGUUAUUUUGUCUCAUAAAAAGAAGAGAAUUUAUUUACAAAAUGAAGCGAGGGUGUGUGAACGUGGCGAAAAUCACCGAUGGCAAUAAUAAAUACGGUAAACUCCUGUA